AUGAAAAUAAUUAAGGCUAGUGCCGACACUAUCACUAAUUUUGAAUCGCUUGAUCUCUUGAGAUCCAGAGGGGAUAGAAUGUAUGCCUCACGAGCUAUUGCAACCGUAUCUCAAUCUGAGUUCAAGGUUUUUGAUUAUUUAGAGGGGACUGUUGCUUGCAAUCAAACAAGGGAAAUUAUCGAUAACUUUGUUGCGAGGGGGGCGCUCUUGAAACUGAAUCGGCUUAGCAUAUUUGAUUCAAAUGUUAGGAUAACUUGUAGAUUCAAAUACCAAAUGCUCAUUGAGGAAUGCGAGUCACGCAUGGAAGAUAAGGCUGAAGAGCUUGUAGAGACCAUCACUAGAAUAUUGCCACAUCAUCCGUCUCAGGUGGAUGAAGCAAACGUGGAAGCUGCUAAGGGAGAAGAAGAAGUGAGCGAGCCUGAACAGGCUGCGGAAGGGGAUGGGGAAGGGCAAGAAGAAGAAGUAGAGACUGAGCCUUAA